ACGGCCGCGACGGACCGGUGGCCAGGCUCUGUGCUGUGACUACGGGCGAGAGACCGACGCAGCCGCGCGUCCGGCUCCGAGUGCAGUGCGCGUGUGCUUGACAGGCAGAGCGAGUGCGGGGCUAGCGGACCAUGACGUCGGGCCGCAGCUGAUCGCCGCCCACGCACCCCUAGCAUGGCGCCGCUGCUGCUGCUGCUGCUGCUGCUCCCGCUGGCGGCCGCCCACGUGGGGGCGGAGGGGCGAGAGGCGCCGCAGCGCUACACCCGCCAGUGGGCCGUGCACGUGGAGGGCGGGCCGCCGGUGGCCGACGCCGUCGCCGCCAAGCACGGCUUCGUCAACCUCGGACAGGUAUGUACUGGAAUAUCGAUGUCUUUCAUUCUUUCAUACCUGCUCGGUGAGUAUUAACAAAGACUCCCAGAAUUCAUUAAAUAUCGCCUAGCCUGUGAAACAGAAG